AUGAAGGUUUCCACUAUUGCGUAUCUCGGCAUGGCUGCCACCGCUUCCGCGUUGGAGUCGUUGACCGAGUACACCAACGAUAUACCCUCUUGCGCGGUUUCUGCGCUACGCGAUGCCAUGAAGACCGAGGGCUGCGACCUGUCUUCCAUUGACGGCAAAGAUUUUGACUGCCUGUGCAAGCACAGCUCAGCCAUUAUCACUAUUGUCGUUCCCAAGAUCUCUACUGUCUGCACAGCAGACUUUUCACAAGCCAUCGGUGGCAUCUGCGGUCUUUGGGAAAUCUACAGCACCACAGCUAGCGACUACGCGCAGGCGACUAAGGCACUUGGAGAUAAGCUCGGUGGCAGCGGUGGCGGCAGCGCAGCUACACCCACGGCCAGCGCAGGAAAUGCACCCUCAGGCAACUCCGCCGCCGCUUCGCCCUCGUCGACCAAGAACGCGGCUGUAGCUCCCACUGUUGGUGCUGCUAUGGGCAUCAUUGGUGGUGCCGCUGCCAUGGCCGCUUUGCUCUAA